ACAGGCUGUCGCGCUCAGUCUCUGGUCAGUCGCGGUUAAGAUUCAAGCCGUCAUCCACACACCAGCGCACUCCGUCGCAUACGUCGCGCUUGAACUUGAGAAAAGUGCGGAUAACAUUUCUGAGAAAACUCAUCAAGAGUGAGAUAUAGUGGACAUCGUUCGGCCCAACAAGUAUAUACGCGAUCGUGGCACGCUGGACGUGUCAUAAAUUUCUCGCAAAUAGCCGCAACUCGAUCACGUUUCGACGGAACGUCUCGACAAGAUGGAAAUGCCCGUAGAGACACCGGAAUGGCUGAAUGUAUGCUUCGUGCAGAAGGCCCUGCGAAAGUCGGAGGAGGACAACUCGAUCAACGUGAUCGAUAUAUUCACGAAACCGGCUACGAAGAAGGGUGACAACUACACCAGUGAUAUGAUUAGGGCUAUGGUCGAAUACACGCAAGAUGAGGCCGGUCGUAAGGUCACGAAGAAAAAAUCAAUCAUCAUCAAAAUCUCGCCCAUCAACGACGGGAUACGCAAGGAUCUCAUCUUGAGUUCGCCGCUCUUCAAUACGGAAAUGUCGAUGAUGUCAAACACCUUGCUCAAAAUGAAUCAGUUGUUGAAAUUCAAACAUCUCCUAAGCGCCAAAUGUUUGUACAUACAGAAGGAAGACAUACCGCUUCUGGUGCUCGAGGACCUCGCACCUCUCGGUUUUCGUAUGGCCGAUCGAGAGGCUGGUCUCGAUCUUGCUCACAGUAUAUUAGCGCUUCAAGGAUUGGCCAAAUUUCACGCGACAUCUGUGGCUGUUUGUGAAAAGGAGCCGAGUCAAAAACAGCUGUAUGCAGGAGGAAUGUUCAAUCCCGAUCACCCGCACACCUUCCGUGAUUUCUUCAAUGUCAGUGUUGAGUCGUUAGGAAAAGAAAUAGAAACUUGGCCGGAGAUAGAUCAAAAAUACGCAAAAAAAAUGAUUAACAUCGCCAGCAAAAUGUACGAUAUAGGGAUGAAAGUAAGCAGGCCACGCGAAGGCGAUUUCUGCGUGAUCAACCACGGAGAUUUCUGGGUGAACAACAUGUUGUUCAAGUACAAUGACGCUGGAAAACCAAUCAGUCAUAUUUGUGUGGACUUUCAAUUGGCUGUCUACACAUCGCCAGCGAUCGAUCUCCUCUACUUCCUCAGCACAAGUCCCUCCGUGGAGACCAUUGAAAAUAACAAAGAUGUCCUGCUGGACGAGUACCUUAAAACACUAUCGUGCACUAUGAAGGAAAUCGGCUGCAAAACGCAGCCGCCUACCAUAGAAAAAUUGAAGGACUCCUUGAAGGAAAGAGCUGCUUAUGGAAUGAUAGCUUCCUUCACGGUGUUGCCGAUAGUGGUGUGCGACAAGGAUAAUAUAAGAGAUCUCGAUGAGAUUUUGGGGGGUGGUGACGAUGGUGGUUACGAAAAUCCGAGUAUAAAGGGUGCACUUUUUCGAAAAAUAAUAUCGAAACGAAUACCCAUGUAUGAUGAAAUGGGUUUGUUGGAUUUGUAACCACGUGCUUAAUCUUUCAUGACAUAAAGGGGAAGAGUAAGUGUAAUAUGAAAGAUCCUACGAGUAACGAAUAAGAGGAAAUCCAUUACGUAUCUUAUAGAUAUGUAAACAUUAAUAAGUUAAUAUUAAUAGGUCACUCAUGUGAGUUGAAAACAUCGCUUCAAGGAAAAAUUAUUGUUCGAUCUAAAGUCGUGAAUGAUUAGAAACGGUGGCAAAACAGUUACCAACCGAUAUUUAUUUUAAAUAUCGUAAAUUAUUCCUUCAUCGAAACGACAAUAUUGGAACGGACGAUAUUCAAGAAACGAUGCGUAUUAAAAUAAGUUAGUGCAUUUUACCGUAGAACCUUACUUUUAUCAUUUUACAGACACAAAUUUAUGACACAGAAUCUUGCUAAUCUUUCAAUUUUAGAUCCGAUGUUUUAUUCGAAGUUAUCCGAAAUUUGUCUAACUUAUUAUAUUGGAUCUGGGAAAAA